ACCAGUGUCCUGUGCAUAAAUUCGAGCUUUUUCGUGAACGACACGAUCCGAGUCUGCCGCUAUCUUCUUUCUUUCUUUCUUUCCUUUUCUUUCUUUCUCUCUCAACCCUUUUAUCUUUCUUGCUCAGCUUUCUUUUCUUUUCCUUCUCUUUCUUUCUUUCUUGUUCUUUAUUUUCUUGAGUUCAAGAAUCAAGAAUCAAUGGAAAUGGAAGAUCACAGUCACCAUAAUCAGUAUAAUAUAGAUCUCAGGCAAUUCAUUACCGGAAGACCUACUCAUUUCCCUCCAAUUCCACACCCACCUGAGCUCUUCUCCGGCCACAGGAAUCUACAGCCGCCGCCGCCGCCGCCCAGCCAGCAGCACCACUAUGAUAUGAUGAUGUUGAUGCCGGGCGGGGGUGUGCUACAUGACUUUCACUCCGAUUCUAACACAGCUGCUGCUUGCGUCCCUUCUCCUGCUGCUGCUGCUGCUUCUAAUAGUGCUAGCACCACUGUUGCUGCUGCUGCUGCUAAUAGUGCUACACUAAGUGGGUUAGAAGCUGAGGUUGGUUGUUCUUUUGGUGGUGAUGGUGGCACUGGAAGAUGGCCUAGACAAGAAACUUUAACACUUCUUGAGAUUAGAUCUCGUCUUGAUUCUAAGUUCAAGGAAGCUAAUCAAAAGGGUCCUUUGUGGGAUGAGGUUUCUAGGAUCAUGUCCGAGGAGCAUGGAUAUCAAAGGAGUGGCAAGAAAUGCAGGGAAAAGUUUGAAAACUUGUACAAAUAUUACAAGAAAACUAAGGAAGGAAAAGCAGGAAGACAAGAUGGUAAGCAUUAUAGAUUCUUUAGACAACUUGAAGCUCUUUAUGGAGAAACAAGCAAUCCUGCUUCGGUCCCCGAUACCCAAUUUGUUGGAAAUAGUCUUCGGUUUCAAUCUGCAGCCAACACCUCUACUCAAGCAAACCACGAGGCCCAUCAUUCUCAAAAGCUUUGUGAUAGUCUUAGUUUCUCUAACUCCUCCGGGUUCGAUACUUCUUCUUCUGAAGAAAAUGAUUUAAGCACGGCUACCCUAGUGGAGAAUGAUUCUAUGGAAAAGAGGAGGAAGAGGAGAGAUGGAAAGAGCUGGAAGGCGAAGAUUAAAGAAUUCAUUGAUUCGCAGAUGAGGAAGUUGAUUGAGAGGCAAGAGGCAUGGUUGGACAAAUUGACAAAGACUCUCGAACAAAAAGAACAGCAAAGAAUGUUAAGAGAGGAAGAAUGGAGGAGACAAGAAUCUGCCAGGAUAGAUAGAGAGCACAAGUUUUGGGCUAAAGAACGAGCCUGGAUCGAGGCUCGUGAUGCUGCUUUAAUGGAAGCUCUCAAAAAACUGACAGGAAGAGAUCAAGUGGAUGCUUCAUCUCCUGAAGAGCAAGUGGGGACUCAGACAAUUCGGAAAAGAAGCGAAAAUCUGAUUGAAAAUGGAAGUGAUCAGACAAUUCAUAACAAUGUGAAAGGCGAUCAUCAUAGCUGGCCGGAAAAUGAAGUUACAAGACUAAUGCAAUUUAGAAGUAGCAUGGAAUCAAGAUUCAACCAAAGCGGGUGCAUUGAAGAAGAGGAAGCUUUAUGGGAGGAAAUAGCAGCUGAGAUGGCUUGUAUCGGGUAUGAAAGAAGUGCAUUAAUGUGUAAAGAGAAAUGGGAUAGCGUCAACAAUUAUAUCAGGAAAACUAAGGAAAGUAAUAACAAGAAACGCAAGGAGAAUUCCAGAGGAAGCUGUUAUAAUUUCCAAAGCAAUGAUCAGUCUGUAUACAAUCCAGGAUCAGGAGCUUACUGUGAGAUUAAUGAACAAGGGCAAGAAGGUUCAUCGCCAGCAAAUUCUAAUGCAGGAAAUGCAGUAAGUGAUAGCUGUUUUCGUUUCUUGAUGAGUGAUGGGGAGAAUUUGUGGGAGAACUACGGAUUGAAGCUUAGCAAAGGAGAUUAAAAUAACCAGUAAGACAAUAACACACUUACUGACAGUUUGUUUAGUUGGUCUACUAAGCAGGAUCUAUGGCGAUUGAUGAUGAUGAUGAUGAAGAUGAUGAUGUGAAUGUAAGAAGUUGACUUGCUAAAGUGGGUACAAGAAUUGACACGGAUGGGGCCUGAUUGUUGUAUGCAAGCAACACAGGAAGAGAAAGCUGACUUAGGAUUUACAUUUACAUUAUUGGGAUUGGUGUUAUAUCGUUUAAUGGGUUUUAUCUUAAUUUAUAUGGGAAAUUUUUAAGAUAAAAAUAAUGGGUCUUUAUCUUUCAUGAGAAGGAAAAGGAGGAGGAGGAGAGGAUAUAUGUUUUGCAAUGUUGCUAUCUUGCUACAUGUUUUUAGGUUCUGAAUUACCUAACAUUUUUGAAAUUCUCCUUUGUGAUAAAAUUUCCUAGUUAAUUACAUGCAUGCAAUGGCAAUAUUGU